UGGAACCACAAAUCCAUGUGAAAAUUUUCUGGCCCUAAAAGUUAAAACUUUUAUAUGCUAGACUAGAAGAGACCCAUGAUUUUGUAAGAUAAUGCUCCCACCCACUUUUUUCUUGCACUAAACACACAGACACAGUUAGAUCUGCUUCCUCUAUCCACCGGAAAAAAUAAAAAUGGAAGCUUUACUUUCCCAAUUCAGCUUCCUCUCCGACCAGGCCCUUCAAGACAAGAACUUUGACCCUUCCACAAUCGAAGAUCUGAUGAAGCUGUUCGAGAUCGAAUCCUACAAGGCAUGGGCAGCUGCUGAACUGGAGCAAGAGAGAGAGGUGGAGGAAGCAGAAGCUGGCAUGGAAGAAGCCGAGGAGUACCUUGACUCGGUCAUGGAGAAUGCCAUGGAUGAGUUCAGACGCUUUGAACAAGAGCUUGAGAAGAUGGCAAAAGAUGAAAUGGAAAACCUGGUUCAAACUGCUGAAAGAGCCAGAAAAAUGGGAAAUUUGAUGGAGAAAGGUGCCUCUAUCGCUUCCAAGAAGUAUAUUGAGGCUGCUCUCAAUUCAGCCACUGCUUCCAUGAAAUCAGCUUGGAAAGGUAUUUCUUCUGGAAAGGUUCAUCCUUCUUAAUCUAUCUCCAAUGUCCAAUACCCUGAUUCUAUAUAUAUGUAUUCAGUUCAGGUUAAACCUGUUAAUAAAUAUAUUUCAAACCCCUUUUACUCUUCUUUGUUGUUUUCAAUUUCUGGUGAUUACAUUGCUGCUUUGGAAAAAUAGAAACUUGAUUAUAUCAGAAUUGUACCAAUUGAGAUGCUGAGGAACUUUCAGCCAAAAUUGUAAACACAAAACAUAUUCACCACUGUUGUUGAUAAGGCGAAAUCUGUGGUUUGAGUUGAGUGCAUCGUUCUGUUUAUGUAACAAUACAAGGCUUAUGAUUCAAGCAGCUUAAUGAAUGUUCAACAUUCUUAUAGUAAUUAUCAAUUUACAUGUU